CUCGUGGCGGAGGAUAGAACACCAGUCGCUCUGUUUGAAGUCAGUAAGAUGAAAUCUAUUUUCAUUUUCUUGUCCGUUUCAAUUCUUGAGUUGUUGGCCGUGAAGAGAAGUGCUGAAGCUUUUUGGCACAAGCAAAAUACCUCUCCAGUUUGUUUCGGCGCCAAGAACAACCGAUUUGGCAGUUUUACGGCUAAAACUGGUUCUAAAAGGCUGGCUGCCGUAAAGCUGGUUCACCUGUACGGUUAUGUAACGUGUAACACACGACAAGUCUCCUAUUGGUCUUACUGGGGCUGUGGCUCGAAUGCCUUGGUACGGGAAUCGGUUAAUGUUGUCAUAACAACCUCGACUGACCAAAUAAUUUUGCCACCAAGCCAGCUCAUUGUACGUGAUAAUGCUAAGUGGUCCAAAAUUCCUACAUAUAACUCAUUAUCUCCAGAGUUGAUAUUGUCGUCUCUCAACCCCACCCCCGUUGCCUUGAACCAACAGUUACGCUUGUGGUAUGGCGAGGAUCUAAUGAACUCCACCGAAGGAGAUAAUGAUGGCACUGUAUGCGUUGAAGUUUAUGCACUUUUCGUCUGAGCUUUGGCCGAGAUGAAGUCGAUCAUAGCAACACUUUUCAUCAGUUUCUGGCUAAGGGAUUAAGGAACUGGGACCACGUUUAAUGUUUUAAUUAACCAGGAAAGGUUAUUGCUUUCUUCAGCUAAAAGAGCCAGAUAAUUAAAGUAAUUUUCUCACUAUGAAUGCAAGUGUCUGUAGAAACGUCAGAAAUAUUGUGAUCUCAGCAGCAACAAUCAACAAUAACAAAAACAAGAAAAGUUUGGAAUAAUAUGGUCAAUCUAAGGAUAUUUAGUGACACUGAUUCAUUACCCGAAAUAAAUGAAAACAGAGAUUUAAGCAAUAAACAGUGGAAUAAAAUUGGGAAA